CUGGUCUGAGUGCAAACCCCACACCCACUCUACAUCACAUACCAUCAGUCUUGUCCAAGCCCUACCACACGAAAUGGCUGCCGCUGCUAUCCGUAACACUCUCAAGAUCGGUAUGAUCCCGGCCGACGGUAUCGGUCGGGAGGUCCUCCCUGCCGCUCAAAGAACCUUGGAGGCUCUAGGAUCUUCUAUCCCCAAGCCCGAGUUCAUUCCCUUGCUCGCUGGAUGGGACCUCUUCCAGAAGACCGGGACCGCUCUGCCCGAGGAGACCAUUCGUACCCUCAAGGAAGAAUGUGACGGAGCCAUGUUCGGGGCCGUCUCUUCCCCCUCGCACAAGGUCGCUGGAUACUCGAGCCCGAUCGUUGCCCUGCGAAAGCACAUGGAUCUUUACGCCAACAUCCGACCUGUAGCUUCGGUUCCUGGUCAGGACGGCAAGCAGAUCAACAUGGUCAUUGUCCGUGAGAACACCGAGUGUCUGUACGUCAAGCAGGAAGAGGUUACCACCCUGCCCGACGGAACCAAGAAGGCUAUCGCCAUCCGUCAGAUCACCGAGCGAGCCUCGAGCAGGAUCGGAAGGAUGGCCUUCGAGUUGGCUCUCAAGAGGGGUCAAGAGAGGGAGAUCAACCCGUCGGCAUCGUUCUGGAAGGGUCCUCCCAAGGUCACGAUCAUCCACAAGUCAAACGUCCUGUCCGCUACCGACGGACUGUUCCGCGAGACUGUCCGAUCCGUCAAGGAGAGCGAUGAGGCGCGAUACAGCAGUAUCCUCUUGGAGGAGCAGAUUGUGGACAGUAUGGUCUACAGGCUGUUCAGGGAGCCCGAGAUCUUCGAUGUCACUGUUGCUCCUAACCUCUACGGAGACAUCAUCUCUGAUGGUGCCGCUGCCCUGGUCGGUUCUCUUGGACUCGUCCCUUCGCUGAAUGCCGGAGACAGCUUCGCUAUGGGAGAACCCGUUCACGGUUCCGCUCCUGACAUCGAGGGUCAAGGUAUCGCCAACCCUAUCGCCACCAUUAGAUCGACAGCAUUGCUCUUGUCUCACUUGGGCCAUACCGAGCAAGCCGCUCGUAUCAACCAGGCCGUCAACUCGGUCCUCCUCGAGGGCAGGUUCCUUACCCCCGAUCUCGGUGGCAAGAGCAAGACCGACGAGGUCAUCGACGCCAUCCUCAAAAAGCUCUAAGUUAGAGUCAUACCCUAGAUUAGCUGUAGUAAGACAAGAUAGAGUUUUGAGCACGACAUGGCAAAAUGGAUGUGGGAAGAGAUCCUAUGUUAACGGCCGCGUGAUGGCUGAACGGACAUGGCGCAUUCUUCUUAUGUCCGUGUGCGUCCGACUCCUGAUUUCGGUCGCCCGAGCCUUUGCGUCAAUCGUGAAAGCCUAUAUGAUCGCGACAGAAUCGCUCGCCUUGCUG